CAGUGCCAAGGCCUUGCUGAAGUCCAGGUACACAACAGCCACAGCCUUUCCCACAUCCACCAGGCAGGUCACUUGGUCACAAAAGGAGUUCAGGUUGGUGAAACACAACCUGUCCCCCCUAAACCUGUGCUGGCUGGGUCUGACACCCUGGCCAUCCUGUGAGUGCUGUGUGCUGGCACUCGGUAUAAACUGCUCCAUAACCUUACCUGGUACAGUGGUCAGGCUAGCUGGCCUAUAAUUGCCAGGAUCCUCCUUCCCACCCUUUUUAUGAAUGGCAGUCACACUGGCCAGCUUCCAGUCCUCUGGAACCUCACCAGUGAGCCAGAACUGUUGGCAAAUGAUGGAAAGUGCCUUCUCAAGCUCAUCUGCUAGCCCCCUCAUCACCUGGGAUGGAUCCCAUCUAGUCCCAUGGAUUUGUGAGCACCUAGGUGGCUCAGCAGGUCUGCUUCCUUCUAGAUUACACAGGGGCUGUUCUGUUCCUUGACACCAUCUCCCAGCACAGGAGGACAGUUGUCCUGAGGACAACCUGUCUUUCAGUUGAAAACUGAGGCAAAAAAGGUGUUAAGCACCUCUGCCUUUUCCUCAUCUUUAGUUACUAAAUUCACUCCCUCAUCUAAUAGAGAAUGGAGGUUGUCCUUGCUCUUCUUUUGCCAUUAUUGUAUUUAUAAAAAUAAUUUUUAUUGUCCUUUACAGAAGUGGCCAGAUUGAGUUCUAACUGGGCUUUUGCCUCUAUAAUUUUUUUCCUACAUGACUUAGCAACUCCCUUAAGCAUUUCUUUAGUUACCUGACCCUCCUUUCAAGAGUGAUACACCCUCUUUUUUUUUCUUUUUUUUCAAAAAAAGAAAAGCUCCUUCAAAAGCUCCUUGCCUAUCCAGGCCAGUCAUUUUCCUCAUCUCAUCUUUUGGCACAUAGGGACAGCCUGCUCCUGUGCCUUCAGGAUUUCUGUUUUGAAGCACACCCAUCCUUCCUGGACUCCUUUGUUUAUAAGGGUUGCUUCCAAGGUACUAUUUGAAUAAGUCUCUUGAAUAGGCCAAAGUCUGCCCUCUAGAAGUCCAGCAUGGAAGUUUUACUGAUGUCCCUCCUUGUUUCACCAAAUACUGAAAACUCUAUAAUUUCAUGAUCGCUGUGCUCCAGAUAGACUCCUACCAUCACAUCUCCCAUCUGCCCUUCUCUGUUUGCAAACAGCAGAUCUAGCAUUGUCCCUACCCUGGUGGGCUCACUCACCAGCUGUGACAGGAAGUUGUCCUCCAUGCACUCUAAGAACCUCCUAGACUGCCUCUUCUCUGCUAUGUUGAGUUCCCAGCAGAUGUCUAACAGGUUAAAGUCACCUACAAGAACAAGGGCUGCUGAUCCUGAAACAUACUCCAGCUGCUUGUAGAAUAAGCUAUCUACCUCUUCAUCCUCUAUAACAGACUCCCACCAGCCUGGUUGUUGUCCUUGAUGUCAGCCUUGUUGGCUAUCCCCUGAUUCUUUGCCCUGGCCCCAGCCUGCCUUUUGACUCUCAUUUCCUCACUGGCUCUUGUCACCUUUGUGUCUGCUCUGCCUCCCUGUGUCCCUGCCUAAGCCACCUGCAUCCAACCUUGCUGGCCUCUGAGCCAGCCCACUGCUGUGAUCCUCACUGCUGUGAUCCUCACUGAGACCCUCUCCAGGCUUCUGGGCCCGAGUGCCCCCUCACCUUGAGCCCAGUCGCCCGUGAAGCAGCAUGCACACCCCUCACCUCGUGGAUGCACUCCCUGACCUCCAGUGGCAUCUCACUCACUCACUCACUCACUCACUCACUCACUCACUCACUCACUGUCUUUCCUACCCCCCAUUCCUUUCCCAUUUUUCUUACUCUUGCUCUGUCUUGUCUAACCCUCUUUAGUAGAGUAACUCCCUUACAUUUUGUUUUUCAUUAGGAAUAAACAGUUCUUAGAUGCAAUGUUUGUCUCAUUUGACUUAACUUUAUUCCUGACCAUUUAAUUUUAAAAUAACUCCUUGCAGUUUCCCACAGUGAAACAUGACACUGACAUUGCAGGUGACUGCUAGGCUGCCAUUGAAAGGGGCAGUCCUAGACUAUGAGCAGCCAAAUAGAACACAGAAGUGUUCUGUGAUAAAGGCACUUGAAUUUCAACCCUGUACUCUCUAAGGAAGUAUUUCUUCCUAUGUAACUAAACCAAGAUGACAGGAUGCUCAUGCUCUGGAGAUAGCCAAUAUUCAACUCUGACAUACUGCAGAUAAACUGAACAUUCUGGCCAAGUACCUGAUGGAGCUGUGCACUGUGAAUUAUGACAUGAUUCACAUCCCUCCAUCCAUGAUUCCAGCAGCUGCCUUCUGUUUGUCUCUGAAACUCUUUGAUAGAUGCAUGUUUGCAAGUUUUGCUUGUCAGGCCACCUCCUACUUUGUGACUCAGUGUGCCUAAAGGCCACUCUUAUAAGGUGCACACUUCCUCCAUUCCUCAUGGUAUUUCACCAUGUUCUUGUCUCCCUGUGUACUACUAAAAGGGGACAGUAGUAGGGCAGUAGCUUUUAAAACAUCCCACUGUGAGACAAGAGACCAUAAUUGUCCAAGAAAAACUGCAAAGAACCCAGUGUACUUGGAUUAUUCUAAUAGGCUUUUCUAAUGGAUUUCCUUCCUUUCAGUUACCGCUUCUGCAAUGCUACACAUCUCUCACUGAGAGUGACAUUCUCUCAGUUAUACAGCAUAUGUCAAAGAAUGUAAUCAAUGUGAAUAAGUGUGCUGCCAAGCAAAAGGUAAGAAUCUUAGGGUGCAGGGGUGUGGGGGGAAUAUGUGUGAUUAUGUGUCAAUACAUGGCACAUAGAGGCUGGUUCAGUAGAGUCACUGCAGACAGACUUAAAUAAGAUCUGCUUGCUUCUGAGCUGAAGAUCUUUAUCUUGUGUAGGUGGCAUGGACCAUCCAUGAAGAGAGUUUGUGUACGCUUGACCACUGAGAAUUAAGUGAGCUGAAACAGUGAACAGGGACCAGGCCACUGAGGGCAGCGCCACCCCGCCGCUACUCUACGCAGGCGCGGGGGGCGCGAGGCGGGCGGGCCGUCGGGAGCCGCGCGUUUCGAAAGUUCUGUCAUGGCGGCGUCGAGCGGGGAGUGGGACUUGGUCCCGGCCCCGGCUCCGCCUCCGGUUCCGGCUCCGGCUCCGACUCCGGCUCCGGCUCCGACCCGAGAGCUGGAGCUGACUCCGGCCCCGGCGUUUUACCAGGGCAGCGGCGACGGCUCCGGCGACUUGAAGGCCUGCGCUCUGGUCCGCAUGAGGGACCAAAUGAAGGAGAAGCUCAUAGAGCAGAACACGGCUAUUCUUGCCGCAACAUUGUCUUUUGCAGGUCAGGAAAAUUUCCCUGAUCAUGAAAUGGAAGAACACUUUAUCCAGAGUGCCACAGAAGAUUUGGAAAGAGAUCUAGAAGAUGCAGCAGUCUCUUUGCACAACAGGACGUUGGCCUUGCAAAGGGCCCAAAUUGUGGAUGCCCUCAGAAACAAAUUGGAUCAAGAUGAUGAGGACUCACGUCUGAUCCUGAAAACAGUGGAAGACAUAAACCUGCUCAGCUGGAUGAUAAUUGACUAUCAGCAGCAAGUACAUCAAAAGGAAAAGCAGCUGACUGACAUUAAAAUGGAAAGACUCUUACAGAAAAAAUAUGGAGGAGACAAACUACAGCAAAAUCAUACCAUGGAGAAAAGGCAAAAGGAGAAACAAGCAUAUGUGAAUGUAUGUGAAGCAGACAAGAUGCUUCAUAAAAUAGAACGAGGAAGAAGGAUUACUACAAUAAUUCAACAUGUGUUCCAGAACAUCAUCAUUGCAAGCAGAAUUAACUGGGCAGAAGAUGAAUAUUUAAAGGCAAUUGUUCUACAUCUUGAAAAAAAUGUAGUGAGUCAGUGAGUCAGGAGAUGUGGUGUUUAUUUUAUACAUUGUGUGCAUUUUAACUAAACUUGAUAAAUUUUAUGUAUCUUAAAUUUUAAAAUGUGACCUUUUUGGUCAAAUGUUCUCUCCAGAGAAAUAGACUGUGUCAAAGGGGCUGGUAGAGCUGAUGAAAUGAAACUACCUGAAGACUCGUUUCUCAAGCUGUCCUGUCUCAAGCACUUCUUUUCCUCUGAGAGGCAGAAAGAACACAAGAAAAGUUUCAAGGUUUCAAGAAAUGGACUUAAACUGAGGAUUUGCUGUACCCCUUCCCUGGGGACCAGCAGCCAUAGAGCUCAAGCAGGGUGCACAACCCUGCUGAGUCCCAGUCAAAUGCUCAGUCAGGAAAAUUUAUGAGCAAGUCUGGAGUUGGGACUAUUUUUGGUUUUGAGGCAUUAUGUAUAAUUUUAAAUACCAAAAAUUUUUGCUCCUGUUAGCACUGACUCUUCUCUGCAGAGGUGACUUCAUACAGUCGACUGUGCAGCUAAGCAAUGUCUUAAUUGCAUGUCUUCACUAGAAUUUGUGCUUUUUUAACUUGGUGUUCUUUGUUUGAUGUUUGAAGGAAAUUGACUCUUGGGGCAUAGCACAGUUUAGGAACGUGUAGUGUCCUUUAUUAUCUUGCUGUGUAGCUUCACUUUUAACUUGGUGAUUGAUCGCCAGCUAUUUUUUGUAGGUGGAUGCCUUGAUCUAAUAAUAAAGUGCUGAUUUUGCCGAAAA